UCCGCUGGGCGGCUGGGGCCGGGGCUGGAGGGGCACGCGCGGCGGCGGCGGCGGCGGCCCAGCGUGUAGGCGCGGAGGCGGCCAUGGCGGGCAACUUCGACUCGGAGGAGCGGAGUAGCUGGUACUGGGGGCGGCUGAGUCGGCAGGAGGCGGUGGCGCUGUUGCAGGGCCAGCGGCACGGGGUGUUCCUGGUGCGGGACUCGAGCACUAGCCCCGGGGACUAUGUGCUCAGCGUCUCCGAGAACUCGCGCGUCUCCCACUACAUCAUCAACAGCAGCGGCCCGCGCCCGCCGGUGCCACCGUCGCCCGCCCAGCCUCCGCCCGGGGUGAGUCCCUCCAGACUCCGAAUAGGAGAUCAAGAAUUUGAUUCAUUGCCUGCUUUACUGGAAUUCUACAAAAUACACUAUUUGGACACUACAACGUUGAUAGAACCAGUUUCCAGAUCCAGGCAGGGUAGUGGAGUGAUUCUCAGGCAGGAAGAGGCAGAGUAUGUACGAGCCCUCUUUGACUUUAAUGGGAAUGAUGAAGAAGAUCUUCCCUUUAAGAAAGGAGACAUCCUGAGAAUCCGGGAUAAGCCUGAAGAGCAGUGGUGGAAUGCGGAGGACAGCGAAGGCAAGAGAGGGAUGAUUCCAGUCCCUUACGUGGAGAAGUAUAGACCUGCCUCCGCCUCAGUAUCGGCUCUGAUUGGAGGUAACCAGGAGGGUUCCCACCCACAGCCACUGGGUGGGCCGGAGCCUGGGCCCUAUGCCCAACCCAGCGUCAACACUCCGCUCCCUAACCUCCAGAAUGGGCCCAUUUAUGCCAGGGUAAUCCAGAAGCGAGUCCCUAAUGCCUACGACAAGACAGCCUUGGCUUUGGAGGUCGGUGAGCUGGUAAAGGUUACGAAGAUUAAUGUGAGUGGUCAGUGGGAAGGGGAGUGUAAUGGCAAACGAGGUCACUUCCCAUUCACACAUGUCCGUCUGCUGGAUCAACAGAAUCCCGAUGAGGACUUCAGCUGAGUAUAGCUCAACAAACAGUUUUGCUGACAGAUGGGAACAAUCCUUUUUUUUUUUCCAAUUGCCAUCUAUACAGUUUUCUUACAGAUGUCAAAGCAGUCUGGUUUAUAUAAGCAUUCUGUUGCCUGUGAUCUUUCUUAGACUGAACUACUCCAUCCCUGAUCUUAUUUACCAUAUUCAGGGUACGAAACUGGAGGGCUUGUGUGUUAACUUUUGAAUUGAUGAUUUUAGGUGGUAGCACCAUUGCCUGAGUGUAUCUGAAAGGAUUGGCAUCUUGCCUCCCUUUUCUCAGGCAACACAAAUCAACCUGUGGAAAACUGAUGGACGGGAGAGAAGUGUUGCACACCACUUACCCUGAUUUAUUCAAUGGUUUGAUUUUCAUUCUGAAACCAUGCUGUCAAAUGGCAAUAGACUGUUCCCUUCCACCCCAUGAAGUAAUCAUGCACGUGUGAAUAGUACCCAGUGGGAUUGCUUUUUCAUUUAUGGAACAUGACCAUUGUAUGACUCAUUCUGACAGUUCAAAUCCUGAGAAUUCUGAGAACACUACUAGAGGCAUUUGUCUUCCUUCCCAGUCAAUGCUUCAUACUUUUUCUUGGGAUUCUUUCAAGCCUUGUAAUUCCUUUUCCCCAAACCUGCAGAUAGGUUAAUUCUCAAGUUAAGUGUUUAUUUUCAUUCCAGAUGAUAAGCAGGAUGUGCAGAGCACUUUAUUCAGUGCAUAGCUUUAAGCCAGUAUUGGAUUCACUGCGUGGACAGCCAAACUCCCAGCUCUCUGCCAUCCCUCAAGGGGUCAUAGUAGGUUCACUCUGCUACCACAGUUCAGUGGACUCCUGGCCAAUGGGAUCCAGCAGGGCCAUUCUCCUGAGUGCUGUUGUUCUAUCAGGGGACAUUUUGGAAUUCUUAGCUUCUACUUGGAGUGGAAGGACCAAUCACUUAGAAUAUUCCACAGACGGUUGGGGGGGCCAAAUUCUGCCCUUUGCUUUAUGUACAACUUGUAUAAAAUCAAGUUAAAAUUACAUGAGUUUGGGGAUAGGGUUUUAGUGCUUUGAAAAAUGUUUGAACCAAUCAUGAAUUACUUAUGUAUUAUUUGUUUCAUAUGGCCAGAAUAGUGCUUGAAAUAUACUAUGUUAUAAACUGCCUUCACUUGGGGCUCUUUUUCUUUGUGUUCAAGUUUAGUUUACAAACCCUUUUAAGUGUGGAAUGGUUUAUAUAGGGUCAGGUGCUCCAAAGAAUUGACUUCUGAGACCAAAAAUGAUAGAGGCUAUUUAGACUACCAUAUGAAACUUCUUCAAAUUUAGUUCCCAGCCUAGAGGCACUUACUGGUCUGUGGUGUGAUAUGACCAAUAGAAACACCGUGUUCUUUGCUUUGGGCCUCAUUUUAGAAAAGUAAUGUAUUUUUUCAGUUGUUUUGCCUAGGUUAAGAUUAAUUUGCAUUCAUUGAACGUAUGCCAAAUCAUGAUAUCCCAGUGACUAGCACCAUGCCUGGCACAGCCAGCAUACAGAUUUGUGAGAGUGAAUGCGAGGUGUGCAGAAGCUCAUUAUAUGGCACAGGGAAGCCAGCUGGCACAGGAUUACAUACAUUACCACAAGCAAACUAAUGAGUUGACGCUAAUUUAAUAUAUUUUUACCUCACACUAAGAUAGUGCUUGAUAAAGACAUUAAUACUCAACUUUUAAAAUGUUAGCACAGUGCUAUGCACAUAGUGGGUGCUCAGUAAUGUUGAAUGGACAGGUUUGCAAUACUAGACUUAAUUCCAUCUGAUGACUCUUAAAUUUUCAGUUAGAGCAUAGAUACUGUAAAGCCCAAUACAUGUUAAAUCUUGUUUUCCUGAAAGUAUGACAUCUAAAAUAUUUGUAGAAAAGCUUUGUCACAAUUGAUUUGAAUGUUUUUUUUUUUUUUUUUUGCCUCUGACCUUGAUAUUGGCUUGUAAUGUCUCUUCAUCAUAUGUAAUUUUGGUGGAACAUGCAGCUCUACCCAAAUCAUAAGACUUUCUCAGUGAUCGGUUGUCCAAAGCCAUUACAUGAGUUGUUGGGUUGGAUUUGGCUGGGUUUGGCAGUUGUUGGACCUUAAGAACUCAAGGGACUUCUUAUAAGUAUCUUCCAAAAGCAAAUGCAAGAAUCCUAUUCAAGUGCAAAUGUACAUUGUCACUGAGCAAAAUAAACCGAAAUUGGCUGCUAUAUUUUAUAUAAUAAUUUCUGCAAAAACCCAUUUUUUUGGAUACUAAUAUUUGACAUGGUUAAUUCUUAUUAAUUGUUGGAAUUGUUUAUUGUUAAUAAUGCAAAUAGGUAAUUUUAAUUAUCCAUAAGUAACAUUUCACUAUUAAAGGUUUGAAAUGGAUGAUAAGCAAACCAAUUUGAAAUAAAAUAUGAAACAUGUGCCAUUGUAUUAUAACACUAUACACUUUCUUGACAGUUAAAUUUUAAAAAAUGUUUUUUUUGUAGCAUGUAUUGUAUAUGUUUAUAGUAUAUGUAGUAAAUAAAAAUAUGGCCAAAUGUUUGGCUUGGUGAUCUUUUGAAGAAAGUAAUCUUUGAAUAUUUUUCACAAAAGAGCUAAAUCUUUUAUGCUUAGGGAGUCAGAAUUGUGUGUAGUAUUCAACAGCCUACGAACAGUCAGAUAAAUAAUUAUACACACUGUGGGUACUCAUAAAAAUGGGAUCAAUCAUUGUUGUUACUUCGAAGGGUCUCCAGAAGUCCAGAAAUAAUGAUUUGAGGGGGCUAUAAGAAGAAUGAUUAUAUAAUGAUUGGAAAGCUGGAAUGAUGUGAGCAGAUAAUACCAAAUCACACGUGGGUUUAAAGAAAAUAUGAUUGUGGUAGGGGUUUUCAUAAAGCAAGUGAGAAAUGUGGCUGUUAGACAAUAGGUUUUUAGAUUGUUAGGGGAGAUAUUCAGUAUAAUUUCUCCUUUUUUCUGUAAGUGACACUGCUUCAGUGUAGAUAAUUUAGGAAAUUUUAGAAGUUAAACAUUUUGUUCUUCCCAUCCUUUCUCGAAGCACAUGUAUAUUUAGAUGCAUAUGCACAAUAUGUGGGUAUAUAUAUACCUAAAAAGUUGACUUUAUAUGCCAUAGUCUUAGGUUUCUGUGGAUAGUGAAGUUUUAAGAUGAUAAGGACAGGCGUAGCCAGUCAUUCAUAGAGUUUCCUGCCUUGGGCCCAAAUGAACAAUCUUAACUACUGCUAUAUACAUGGCAGAGUAUCAACCCAGAGGUAAAUAAAGGCAGCCACUGCAAGGGAGCCAUGUUUGCUGUACACACACUUAACAGCAAGCUGAUUUAAAUAUGUUUCCACUUUUUUAUCAAUUAGAAAUAAAAUCUUGUCAUAGGUGGAGUUGAAUUUCUUUACAUAGCCUGGAGUGCUCAUAACAGUCUUGUAUUUUGUGACCCUGAUCUUCAGAUUAAAGUCUAUUCCUCUUACAGAUGUGAAGAGAGAAGUGGCCCUGUCCACAGAUGAAAAUAUGAAAAUAGUCUUCCAAAGUUUUGCAGGAGGAAGCUAAGAAUUUGGAACUCGGCUGCUACAUAUGUGAAGAAAAAGAAAUGGGGAGAUAAGGUAGGGGGGCCAAGAAGAGCUACUGUUAAGAAUCGAGGUUCAAAAAGAGCAAGACUUAAGGAUUCUUUUGGGAUACAGGUUGAAAACGAGCUUAACUUGCCUCCACUCAAUUCUGGCUCAAAUGCUGCUUUGUCAAGAGAUGUCUUCCAUGAUCUCUUUAAGUCCCUUCUCAGCACUCCUCUCAGAUUGUUACUCUUUCUCUGAUUUUAUUCCACCUCCUCCCUUAGACUAUAAAUCAGUUCCAUCAGGACAGGAGCCAUGUCUAAUUUGUUCACCUCCAGAGCCCAGCACAGAGCCUGACUCACAGCAGAAAAUAUAUAUUUGUUGAUCGAACAAUCGUUUCCCUGGCAGUAUUUGAGUCUGGGGAGUAGGGACCCGACUGGUUACCUCUCAGCUGCUCUCUCCAGCACCCCUGGUCUUGGGUAUGGUCCAAGGCUGUAGGUUCAUUUUUAAUUUUGGUUAAAGUAAAACCCGAUUCUAUAGGUCAUUCUGUUUCUGAAAUGUGAAAUGCUUGACAAAGCCCAGUCUUGAGAGCUCUGGUGCUUUCAUGUUUUGUUUUGUUUUUUCCCCCCCAUAGAAGGAGAGGCGAAUGGAUCACUUAGAGGGAAGCUAUAUUCAUAUAAUGAAGAUCAUUCACUGGUUGUAUUGUAAUUUCUAGUUUUGGUGAUAUUUUAAAAAAGAAUGAAUUAACAAAAAUGUCAGAAUUAUCUUGUUCUAAAAUACCAGUAAUAGAAGUAGCUUAAUAGCCUAAACAACAUUCAGAGUAGUUAUACCUUAUCCUGUUGUCAUUUAGGUCUUUGAAUAACAGACCUCAGAGGUGGCAACUCAAGAAAGUGCCUAAGGGAGGCAGGGCCCUCUUGAAUUCUCUCUGUGCAUUGUGGUAAACGGCAUUGGGCCCCUCUCUAAUGUCAGAGUAGGUAGAAAGACAAAAGUGUCCCAAGUCUGAGGCCCAAAUCCAUUUGUGAGCCUUGUGAUACAACAAGAAAAAUGGAGAAAGCCAGGUACCAUCCCCCAAAAAGAAUGCAAGCAGAGGAAACAGUUAUGUAAAUUCUUUGGCCACAUCUUUUCUCUUACUAGAAUCAAGUUCUUCUACUUUCACGUUUUCUUUUCAAUAAGAAGUUGCCCCAAUUUCUUAUUUCCCUUGUUAAAUAAACAUGCGUGCAGGGUUAGGUUUAUGCCUGAACCAUCUAAUUGUUUCUUGUUCCUUAGCAAGCUCUGCCCUUUGAUCAGUGGCAGACCUUUUUGUUUUCACAGCAACCAACAUUUACAUAAGGAAGAACCAGGGGAUAACGUGAGUUGUUUUGGAUGGUUUGUGGUAAAUUUCAUCGAAAUGCAAAGAUAAAACACACAACUUGGUGGGCUAGCAGUGAGAAUUUGGACCAACUGGGUUGACUUUCUUCUUUCUAGUGAGAUCUGUUUGAUAGGUACCACUUUUAGCUAUCAAAAUACCUGAUGUCUAGGGAAAAAGAAAUGCAUGUAAUGAUCUUUAACUGUCCCUGAUCAGCAUUUUCAGUAGCAGUUAGGAUAUGGUUUAUGUGUGGGUACCUGUUCUUCUCAAGCAGAGAUUAUUGAUCCAGAAUCCUGAUCACUAGGGAGUCCAAAGAUAGACUGAUACAAGGGGUGUGGCAGAUUGCUCACUCAAAGCCAUAGUCUUUUCUUCCUGUGCACACUGUUUCCCAGGCUCCCUUGCAUUACACAUGACCAUGUGAUUGAGUCCAGCCAAUGACUAUGCACAGAAGCGCCUGCACCACUUUGAGGCCUGGCCUCUAGGUUCCUCCUCUAGGAGCUGCUCCAUGCUCUUCCUUUCUAUCAGGCAGGAAGGGAGAUGACACCCAGGGUAGAGCCUUCAUCCACAUGAGCUCAAAGUGACUACGCUGAGAGGGGCACCUUGGCUUGAUGACCAGCUUGAAAAAGUGAAAGUGUUAGUCACUUACUUGUGUCCGACUCUUUGUGACCCCAUGAACUGCAACCUGUCAGGCUCCGUGAAAUUCUCCAGGCAAGAAUACUGGAGUGGGUUGCUCUUUCCUUCUCCAGGGGACCUUCCCGACCCAGGAAUUGGACCUGGGUCUCCCAUGUUGCAGGUGGGUUUUUUAUCAUCUGAGUCACCUGGGGAGCCUGGUGACAACGCUUAGCUAGCAGAAAAUAAACUUUUGUUCAACCAUAUGUUUUAAGGUUAAAUUAGUUAGCCUACUCCAACUAAUACAAGGGAGGUGAAUUGAAUAGGUGAGAUGUUGACCAUCUGGCAGAGUAUUAGGGCCACGUGAUGCCAAAGCUUUGUAGAAAUAAGAAGAUGCUUCAGAUAGCCGACUAGAAAUUUUUUAGUAGAAGUAUGACCUAUGUAAUACCUGAAAUUGAAAUUUAACUGGGCAUCCUGUGUUUUUAUUUGCUAAACCUGGCAACUCUACCCCUGAUCUCCCCUUUAGAGAAACAUUACUGCAGGGCUACUGCUCUUUCUUCCAGGGAAAUUGAAUUCUGAAGCAAAAACAAUUCAUACCAGGACAGCUGGAGCCAACCAACUCCUUCCAGAGCUCCCCUUCUUGUCAUCUUUCUGUCCCAAGUGUAAGGCUUCUUGGUGACCUCUCAUUUUAUUACUAUAAUCCUCAAGCUGUACUGAGUCUUCUCUGACCACGCAUCCCCCAUUUUUGGACUCUCAUCUUUGAAGAUCUACCAACGUUUUAGGCUCCCUACUGCCUUUACUGUCCCAAUCAAAUUUCUUCUCGUUUAUUUUUGGUUAUCUGGUUUUCGGUGUUUCAUUUUGCCAAGAUCUGCUGUCAUCUGGGAUUACCAUUUUCAUCACUUCGGCUUCUCACUUUUUUGACGACCUCAAAUCCGUUAUCUUGCACUGUGACAUCCCUGGAAUCUUAAAACAUCUUACUCUCUGAUCACUGCCUUCUAGCCUUUCUGUUCUCUCACUGUCUUCCCAAAGCCCUGGUUCUUCCAUUUCAAGGCACUUUCUAGUCCCUAAACUCUUCAACUAUUAGCCACCUGCUUUUAUUUUUCAAUGGUGAACAAAUAGAAUGUUGUCAGGUCUUAGAUAUAUCCAACUGCCUAGUGGACACCUUUUGGAUAUCUUGAAGGAACCUCAAACUCUUCAAUAUAUUCCAAACUGAAUUCAUUGUCCCUUCCCCCAUCAGCCACUCAUCCAUAUCCCCUGUCUCAAUGGCACCAUUUGGCUAAGCCAAAAACCCAGAGACCAUCUUUUAUUCUUCCUCUGGAGAGUUCAUCCCAUCUGUAGUCAUUUACUAAGUCCUAACUCCCGAGCAUCUAAAAUCAGUCCGCUUACCUCCUUCCCCACUGCUGCUGCCUUAGUUCAGACUGCCAAUGUUUCUCAUCUGGAUGACCUUGGAAGUCGCCAGAAUGCCUUUAAUUUUGGCCCCUCCAAGCCCUUUGUUAUGUUUGUUGCAGCCUUAGUGCGCUUUCUGUAAUUUAUCCUAGAUUAUAUUCUCCCUCAGCAGAUAUCUCAGUUCCCUCUGCAGAGGACACAGAGCUCUGUAUGCUCUAGUCCCUGCUCUUGUCUCCAGCCUCCCCCCCCUCACUUUCCCGUCUCUACUCUGGGCUCUAGCCGUGCUGCGUUUGUGUCCUUUAUUUACCUGACCAAUCCACUUGCUCAGCCCUCCAGGCUUUUGUACAGUCUUUAUCUGUCUCACCUUCAGUUACACUAAUUACACUCUAAUUUGGCUUAUCUGUUCCAUGUCUUGGCAGUAUACGCCUACAGUUGUCACACUGAACUGAAAUUGUCUGUGCAUGUAUUUGUCACAAGACCAAGAUAUCUCAUUGUAUUUCCAACACCCAGCCUUGCUUGACACACAGCAAGAUAUCCAGAGUGUGUAUUUUGAACAAAAGAAUGAGCCACAGGAUGGGUGGGCUAGAUAUCAUUAAAAGUCAAGUGGGAGCGGCAGGUAGUAAUAAUCCUAGGGAUUUAAGGUCACAGUGUCAGCUUUUACUGCACGAUAAACCACAUCGGUAGGUAGUGACUUAAAACAAUCAUUUAUCUUACAAUUCUGCAGCUUAGCAGUUUGCGUUUGGUUCUGCUGGACAGUUCUGGUCUGGGCUAAUCUCACUGACAUAUCUGAGGUCAGCUUCUAAUUGGCUGGGGGCUGGCUGGUCUUGAAUGGCCCUCAGCCAGCAGAGUUUAAUCUCUGCUUCCUGUGAUCUUGUAUCCUCCAGCAGGGUAGCCUGGACUGGUUCUCAUGGCUAUUGACAGGGUUCCAAGAGAACAGAUGGAAUCACACAAGGCCUCUUAAGGCUUACCCUUAGAACCGACACAAUGUCUAUAGCACUGUCUUCUCUUGAUCAGAGCAAGUCCCAAGGCUAGCUCAGAUUCAAGGAGUGAAAAAAUAGACUCUUCCUCUUGAUGGGAGAAACUAAAGUUCAUACUGCAAAGGGGCGUGGAUAUAGGAAAAGUGACCAAAUCCGGCCAUUUUUGGAAUAUGCACAGCUACCCCAAAGAAGCUAUUUGACUAAAAUAUGUGAAGAAGCACACAUUACUAGGAAGCGUCAUCACCGGGUGAGUCAAUACCCAAAUGUCCAUAGUUUUUCUUCAUUUUAUUUCGUAAUUUGAGCACUGCAUGUGUAAUGAUCAUUUUUAGUACUGCUAAAGUAGGUGUUUGGAACUGGGCCAUGGGGACUAUUUGGGAAGAAAGACACUUGGAAAAAUGUCACUGAGAAUGAAGAGUGACAGGAAGCUUCAUAUGGAAAGGGACUGUGUCCACUUUAUUAACUUUUAUCUGUAGCACCUCACCUGAUUAGGACAUGGAAGGCACUCAGCAGAUAUAUGUUGAAUGAAUAAGAGUAAACCUCUGUUUACUGUUGUAAAGGAGAGCUGAAUGUCUUAUCUUAACCAGCAGUGCUGCUGCGUGUAGAUGUGCAGGUGAUUCCCUUCCCAAGGUCAUGCCAGGCAAGGAGUGAAGUUGAAAUCCAACCUGUACUGUGGUAGCUAAGAAACAGUCCCAGUCCCUGACUUGGUUUUGUCUGCCUGCCGGGGGCACCAUUUUAAAUUCAAAGGCACAUUUUGCUUGCUAAGCAGUGAGCCCCUAGGGCUGCAUCUAUGUGGAAAGGGCACUUAUUUUAUGUCUCGCAAAAGUUCCCUCUGGGCUAACAGGGCCCUGGAUACUCAACCUAAGGUAGCAGAGAAAUGGUUACUGGGGAACGUGAGAUGGCAUAAAAUGCACAAAGCAAGAAAAUGAAGAAAGCACAGACAUUGUUAAAACUGUUCUUACAAGUGGAUCAAAAUGAAUGAGGGAUUGAGAGAACCAGGAGCAAGGAAAAAACAAAGACUUAGGUUCACAUGCCUGAAUUGAGUUCAGAAACCAACAGAGUUAACAGACCAGAACACUGAAGCACACAAAAUAUGAUUUGUUUCUAUAAAAGGCAAAUCUAUAGAGACAGAAAAUAGAUUAAUGAUUGCCUGGGGCUGAGAGUAGAAAUGGAGACAGACUCAAAAUGGGUUCAAAGUUUCAUUUUAAUGUGAUGGAAAUAUUCUAAAAUUAGAUUGUGGCAGUGGUUGUACAACUGUAAAUAGAUAAAAGUUUUUGAAUAGUAUCCUUGAAGUGGGUGGAUUCUAUGGUAUGUAAAUUAUAUCUCAGUAAAGUCAUUUUAAAAACAUUGUCUCUUCAGUGUGAGCAUCACUAAAAGCAAACAGGACAUUGUCUCUGAUGUGAUACAACAGGAAGCUCACAACAAGCACCACCACUGAGGUAUUCAAACCCCCCAAAAUUGAACCUGACUCUCAUCCAGCUAUUAGUUUACAGGAAAUAGGAAGAAUAGAGGAACAAGUUAAACACCACCACAAAGAGCUGAAGAAACAAAUCCAGCAUGUGGGACACUCUAUAAAACAAAUGGUCCAGGGACUUCCCUGGUGGUCAAGUGGAUACAGAGUCAGCUCCCGGUCUUGUUUUUGCUGACUGUACAGAGCUGUUCCAUCUUCAGCUGCAAAGAUUAUAAUCAAUCUGAUUUCAGUAUUGACCAUCUGGUGAUGUCCAUGUGUAGAGUCUUCUCUUGUAUUGUUGGAAGAGGGUGCUUGCUAUGAUGAGUGUGUUCUCUUCGCAAAACUCCGUUAGCCUUUGCCCUCCUUCAUUCUGUACUCCCAAGGCCAAAUUUGCCUGUUACUCCACGUCAAGUCAAGUCAAGUAAGUCCACUUGACUUCCUACUUUUGUAUUCCAGUCCCCUAUAAUGAAAAGGACAUCGUUCUUUGGUGUUAUUUCUAGAAGGUCUCGUAGAUUUUCAUAGAACCAUUCAACUUCAGCUUCUUCAGCGUUACUGGUCAGGGCAUAGACUUGGAUUACUCUGAUAAUGAAUGGUUUGCUUGGAAACGAACAGGGAUCAUUCUGUCAUUUUUGAGACUGCACCCAAGUAUUGCAUUUUGGACUCUCUUGUUGACUAUUACGGCUACUCCAUUUCUUCUAAGGGAUUCUUGCCCACGGUAGUAGAUAUAAUGGUCAUCUGAGCUAAAUUCACCCAUUCCAGUUCAUUUUAGUUCACUGAUUCCUAAAAUGUCAAUGUUCACUUUUUUUUUUUUCUUCAAUGUUCACUUUUGCCAUCUCCUGUUUGUCCAAUUCUAAUUUUUUUUUCCAUUUAUUUUUAUUGGUUGGAGGCUAAUUACUUUACAAUAUUGUAGUGGUUUUUGCCAUACAUUGACAUGAAUCAGCCAUGGAUUUACAUGAAUCAGUGUCCACUUCUAAUUUACCUUGAUUCAUGUACCUAACAUUCCAGGUUCCUAUGCAAUAUUGCUCUUUAUAGCAUCGAACUUUACUUCCAUUACCCGUCACAUCCACACCUGGGUAUUGUUUUUGCUUUUGCUCUGUCUCUUCAUUUUUUCUGGAGUUAUUUCUCCACUGAUCUUCAGUAGCAUAUUGGGCACCUACCGACCAGGGGAGGUCAUCUUUCAGUGUCCUAUCUUUUUACCUUUUCAUACUGUUCAUGGGGUUCUCAAGGCAAGAAUACUGAAGUGGUUUGCCAUUCCCUUCUCUAGCAGACCAUGUUUUGUCAUGUUUACAUCCUAAUCCCUGGAACUUGUUACCCUGUAUGACAAAAGGGAUUCUGCAGUUGUGAUUAAAUUAAAGUCCUUGACCUGGGAAAUUACCCUGGAUUAUCUUGGUGGGCCCAGUGGAAUCAUAAGAGGGACUCGAGAGGAAUCAGAAAAAGGAGAUUUAACAAUGGAAUCAGAGGUUGCAAUGAAGCACUCCAAAGAUGAAGGAAGCGGCAGUCAGUCAAGGAAUGCAGGUUAACUAUAGAAGUUGGAAAUGGCAAAAGCCAUUUUUGAGCCUCUAAAAGGAACACAGUCCUGCUGUUGAUUUUAGGACUUCUUAUCCAUCAGAACCAUAAAAGAGUAAAUCUGUGUUGUAAACGACAAAGCUUGUGAUAAUUUGCCAUAGUCACAGAUAUAUUUGUGAAUAUAGCCUUUUGGUUCAAUUGAAUUAUUUUUAGCACAAAUUCCCAGGAGUAGGACUACUGGAUGAUGGCUGUUAUCACCAUAAUUAUAUUGCUUUCUAAAAGACAUUUACCAACUGUCAACACUGCUAACAGAAUAACCUAGAAAGUGUGGCUCACCAUUGAAUUUUAAAGAUAAUUUAGUAUGCUGCUAAGUAUAUCUCCAAUAGCAUUGUGAAUGUACUGAAUACUACUGAACUGUAUACUUAAAAAUGGUUAAGAUGUUAACUUUGUUACCUGUAUUUUACCACAAUUGAAUUUUUCACUUAAAAUAAUUUAAAAAUGUUAAAAAGUAUAUCUCAAUCACUUUCUUUAUUACUAGUAAAAAUGAAUCUUUCCAUUUUAUUUUUACCCCUUGAAUUUUCUCGUAUAUGAAUUAUCAGGUUAUAUCCUGUGCAUAUUUUAUUUAUUGGAUUUACUCUUUAUUCGAAUAGUCAAUUUUUACUUUCAGUGCUGAAAAAGCAUUCUUCCUCAGAUCUGACAGACAUUUGACUGUGUUUUAUACUAGCAUUUUGAUAAGCUGGUCUUUAAACUUACUUUAUUAAAUUAAAAAAAUAAUGGCAUAAAGUGUAGACCUAACUUCUAACAUACACUUAACCUCAAGCCACUUUUACAAUAAUCCUUUCUUAUUCCUGUGUUAUGGAUUCUUGAGAGGUUUGGAAGUGAUGGGUUUUACAAGUGAUCAGGAGAACAGCAGGACCUUGAUCUGAAUCAGCCACAGAAGUAGAAGGAUGCAGAUGCAAUGGAUGGCUCAUGUUCCCACGCCUCUCUGGGCCCUGGACUGGAGGACUGAGGAGAGACGGCAGUAGUGAGGGAAGAUGCCAGGGGCACCACGAUACUUUCCUAUUUUGGCAUGUGCUCCUAUUCAAUAAGAUCAUGGGUAUUUUCCUGAGGACCAAAUGGACAAAGCAGUAAGUUGCUGGGCUGAAGAAACUUGCUUGUAACCCCUGGAGAACCUGCCAAAGAACUCUUGCAGGUGUCCCCAUGAAAUCCAGGCACUGGCUGCCUAUCAUAUAUAUAACCAAGGAGAAGUUAUUCCAGCAUUGCAACCAAGGUUCCAUGUUAGGAAAUCUAUUAAAACAAUUAGCUAUAUGUACUAAUUAAUGAAGAAACCAUAGUCCAUGAAAAUGGAGCCUGAUGGGACUUGCCUGGCAGUCUUGUGGUUAAGAGUGUGCUUCCAUUGGAGGGGGUAUGGGUUCAAUAUAUACGUAUAUAAAUGGAGCCUGAAAAAGCAUCCAGGGAAAAUCAACCCUGAUUUUAAGUAAACUCUUGCCAGAUUAGAAGUAGAAGGAUCUGGACUUCCCUCGUGGUCCAGUGGUUAAAAAUCUGCCUGCCAAAGGAAAAAGAAUCCACCUGCAAAUACAGGGGACACGGGUUCAGCCCCCGGUUCGAGAAGAUUCCAUAUGCUGUAAGCCAACUAAGCCCAUGCACCACAACUACCAAGCCUGAGGGCCACAGCUUCUGAGGCCCGUGUGCCCUGGAGCCUGUCCUCUGCAGCAAGAGAAGCCACUGCAAUGAGGAGCCCAUGCAUUGCAACUAGAGUGUAGUCCUGGCUUACUGCAGAUGUGGAAAGCCUGCAGACAGCAACAAAGACCCAAGGCAGCUACAACAAAUCAAAGAAGUAGAAAGAUCUCUUUAACUUGAUUUUCAAAAACCUAUUUAUCAGAUCACCCUUAAUGGUGAAAUACUAGAGAUAUUCCCAUUAAAAUCAGGAAUUCAACAAUAAUGCCCAUUAAAUGAUGAUAUCAUUUAUGAUA